AUUUUGUUCGUUUUCGACUAUCUUUUUGUUUGUUUCGAUCAUCCUUGAACAAAAUCUUCAUAGGAUUGAGUUCACUAAACUUUUCUCAAUUCCUAAUCACCACCACUCAUCCACCCACCCACACACACUCACUUUGAGCAUGUCGUUUGAUCCGACUGCGUUCGUGUGCGUCGAGGCGCUGGUGAAGGGCCAGGUGGUCGUCGGCCCGGGUUGCGUCGUGCAGCCCGCAGCCCAGAUCACCGCGGACGACGGCUGCACCAUUGUGUUUGGCUCUGGCAACAUUGUGAGCGAGCGUGCCGUCAUCCGCGCGGUGGCACCAGAGUCCCCGUCUCAAUCCCAGUCCCAAUCCCAGUCUCAAUCCCAGUCGUACUCGUCCAGUGGCAACGUCACCGUCACCGUCGGCGCGGGCAACAUCUUUGAGCCAGACUGCCGCGUCGAAGCCGUCUCGAUCGGCUCGGGCAACAUCUUUGGCGCCAAGUGCGUCGUGCAGCGCGGAUGCCGCGUCGGGAGCGGGAACUACUUUGCGCCGGGAACGCUGGUGACGCAGGCAAGGCUCGAUGCUGCCGCGGCCGCAUCGCCAGACGGUGCAUCGGUGCACAAUGCGACGAGCCAGCCAGGCCGAUCGCCCGCGGCAGUCAUUGCGCGCGCAGUGGAGCAGCAGCUGGGAGAAGCCGCUUCAUCAACUUCUGCUUCGUCUACUCUGCAGGCCGCAUCCCGACCAAUGUCGCGCGUACCCAAGCCCAGCUCAGUCGCAAAACAAGGCCAGGGCAAUGCUCAAGGUUCUGGCAAUACCCUGGCUGCGGCACCCAUCUCGCAAGCGGUCGUAGACGCAAUGCGGCCAUUGGAAACGCUCCAGCAACCGUUCUUGGCCUCGCAGUUGCCACUAUUCCUGCAUCCCCAGCUGUCGUCCAUGUAAAAAGAAUAUUGAACAAUAAUAAGAUACUGUAGUACAAGA